AUGUCUCGCACAGUGCUGUGUAAACUUCUACAGCGGAAAACCUACGAUAUACUUUCAAGAAAGCAUACUGUUCUUUUGCUGUUUUUGGGCUUCAUAAUCUUAUUUGUAUCUGCUCUUCAUUUUGGAGAAACUUUGAUGGAGUGGAGUAAAGAAAAAUAUGCUGUAGUGUUUAGUCCUUACCAUAACAAUAUUCUUGGGAAAAGCUUCCGAAAUAUGCUUUGCCAAUAUGUUCCAAUUGAUGUUGUUUACACUUGGGUAAAUGGAUCUGAUCCUAAGUUUUUAAGAGAACUUUCCAAAGCUAAGGAAGAAUAUGGAUUUUCAAGCUCUGCAUCAAAUUGCACACUUUCUCAUUGCAUCAUGUCACACAUGAUACUUGUUCGUCCACAACUUCCAAAUUUAAUAACAUUGAGUGAUUUAGAAGAACUUAAUCCUGCAUUUGAAGGCAUUUCAAGGAUAUUUGUUGUUGCAUCACCAUAUAGCAGUCAAGAUAAUAUAACAGUAUUGGUUUUCCCUGAUUUACAAUCUGAUGGCCAGAACUAUACACUUAGUGCAGCUUUUAUUACUGAUAACUGGGCUACUCCUAAUACUGUUCUAUUAAAAGAUGUUAUUAUUAUUACUGAUAUACCAUUUGGAGUGCUUCAUCCUUCUGAAGAGAUAGUUUUUGGCAAAUUUCCAAAAGACGUUCAAGAAUCUCUCUCUAAAGUCCAUGAAGAUAUAUCUGCUAGUCGUUUUAUAGAUAACGAAGAGUUACGUUAUUCUCUACGCUCCCUAGAAAAACAUGCACCUUGGGUUCAACAUGUUUAUAUUAUUACCAAUGGACAAAUACCAUAUUGGCUAAAUUUAGACAAUCCAUGGAUUACUAUUGUUACUCAUGAAGAAAUUUUUCCUAAUAGCAGUCAUUUACCAACCUUCAGCUCUCCUGCCAUUGAAUGUCAUUUGCACAGAAUUCCACACCUAUCCAGUAAGUUUUUGUACUUGAAUGAUGAUGUGAUGUUUGGCAAACCUGUUUGGCCUGAAGAUUUCUACACUCAUACAAAAGGGCAGAAGGUGUAUCUUUCAUGGCCAGUCCCUAACUGUGCGGAAGGGUGCCCUUCAUCGUGGAUAAGAGAUGGCUAUUGUGAUAAACCCUGCAAUAAUUCUCAGUGCCAGUGGGAUGGUGGCGACUGUUCACCUGAUAACCCUAACAUUCCUCUGCAUGGAUUUGGAGCAGAUCAAGAUGGCUCUGUAACACACCUAUUUCCAGCAAAACCUGCUAAAGAUUAUUGUAAUGAUGAUUGUGCUAAUAACUGGUUGGCUGACAGAUACUGUGAUAAGGCAUGUAAUAUUAGACAGUGUGGAUAUGAUGCUGGUGACUGUGGAUUAGAAAACUUUGAUAAAUUGUAUCAAAUAAAUCUUUUAGCAAAUAAAUCUUUCUAUUUCUUGCCAGAAGUGAUUGGAAUUGUUUUGUAUCCCAAUUGUAAUGCUACAAAUUUAACAAUCACAAUAAAAGGGGAGUAUCAGGAAAAGCCUUAUGAAAAAGUUCUAGCUUUGUAUGUAUCCACUGUUAAGAAACCAAUAUUAGAUCAAAGUAUGACGAAAAAACCAUCUUUUCAAAGAGCAACCGAAGAAUCAUUCACUUUUGAAAGUUUUCAAAGUAAUUUAAGAUUUCCUAAAAUUAAUGCUUUUGAUAAUACUAGUAUGGAGUUUGGAAAUGUGAAUAUUUCUGCUUCACAGUUACCUGAAAUUGUUCUUACUGAAUUAGAAAAUCUUCAAAGUCUUUUACUUUCAGGUGCUUUAACUAGUCAAGGCUUCCUUAGAAGAAAAAGUGCAAUAAUUGGUGCUUAUAUGAAUUCCUUAGAUGCUGCCAAAGCUAAACCAAUUUUGGUUUAUGAGUUACAUAAGCCAACUACUGUUCCUAAACAUGUUGGUGUCAUAAGUUCAACAGUUUCUUCCAAAAUUGAUCUCAUAAAAAAAUUGAAGGAAGACAUAAGUGAUUUGAAGAAAAAUAAUUUAUUCAAAACUGUGCAGAACUCGGAAAAAAUUCAGGAAAAUUUUCCAAGUAUACAAAAAUUAGGUUUUGAUAAAGUUUUUCAGCAGCAAAAUUUUCUUUCACCUUCAAGUCAACCACUGGAGAGUACAGGAAAAUCUAACUCUGCAACAAUGUCACCAUCAAAUCUGAAAAGUUACUUCAAACUCCUGGGAAAACCCAUCCAUAAACCUGUAAAUUCGUCACCUACGGUCACUCAGAGACAUUUGUUAGACACCUUUGGAGAUUCUUUAAGACAUGUUAACAAGUUAUAUAAUGAAGCCUUUGGAUAUGAAGCUCGUAAAGUUCCCUCCCACAUUGCUCAUUUUGUUGAUAGAAGAGUGAUGCACCGAUUAACAGAAAGAUUCAGCACAGCAUUUGAUGUUACAUCUUCCCACAAGAUUCGAAGUUCAAACGAUAUGCAAUUUGCCUUUUCAUAUUAUUAUUAUUUAAUGAGUGAAAUAGAAUCUGUAGAAAUUAAUGAAAUAUUUGACAUGUUUGAUACAGAUAAUUCUGGGACUUGGUCUGAUCGAGAGAUAAGAACUGUUCUGACACGUCUUCAUGAUUUACCUUUGGAUUUUUCAACACUUACUCAAUUUGAGCAGCAGAUCAAUAAUUGCUCUUCUAAAAAAUUUACAGCAACCCACAUGCCAGUCCCUCAGAAUGAAAGAUAUUAUGAUUCAAAAUUGCCAUUGGUAACAAAAUCAUUAAUUUCAUCAUGUGCUCCUGUAUCUGACAUGCUACUUCAACAUUUCGGUCAUCGUAAGCAAAAUGGUUAUGAAGUCGUUGGAGAAGAAGAAGUUGCAUUCAAAAUGAUUCAUAAUAAUCUAUCUCAAGUUUUGGAGCAAAUAGAUGAUUUAAGAAAAAAUCCUAAGAAAUUUGUGUGUUUAAAUGACAACAUGAAUCAUGGAACUCAGGAAGCAGACGUUAUUCGUGCAGUUAUUCAAGAUUUUUAUGAAUCAUUAUUUCCCACAAGGUCUCAGUUUGAACUUCCCCCAGAGUAUCGAAAUCGAUUCCUGUAUGUCAGUGAGCUUAACGAGUGGAGAAAGACUAGAGACAUCAUACGUGUCGUUACAUACCUCUCAUUAGCAUCACUGAUUGUUUUUUCACUAAUCUCAUUUUGGAAAUCUGAAGUUCGGCCAACUGAUCGUCUUGCAAGGCGGCGGAAUUUGCAAGCAAGAAACAGAAAUCCUCUACAUGUUUGAUCACAUCUUUUUUUUAUUAGGAGAUAUUGAAAUUAUCCUUAAAUUAAUCCUAAAAUUUAAAAUCACUUGUUUUUAGGGAGUUGCUGCUUUGAAUGUUUUUUUGUGCAACCUUUAAUCAUUUUUGUAGUAUUUAAAUGGCUUUUUUUAAAACGAAAUAGUAAAUUGACUAAAUAUUUUAUUCUUUGUUUUCUGUAUAUGUAUAUAUUUCUUAAAUUUUAACAUUAUAUUGCUGACUUGUCAUUGCAUUUAUUUAUUUACAUGUUAAAUAGUUAUAUUGUG